GAUCACAUGGCAGUUUUAGCCAUACUCGGAAAGAACAAACAAAGAUUUCUUUUUUCGAAACUAAUGUGACGGUCUUUCCUCUCUUCAUCGUCAUGUCAAACUUCUCUAUACAAGCGAAAGUUCUUGGAGGAAAGGAAUUUCAAUUGUCUGUUCUUGGAUAUGACAUUGUUGAAGCAGUCAAAGCAAAGGUAGAAGAAAGGAGUGGUAUACCUGUGGCUUUUCAAAAGUUUGUAUAUAAAGGAAAAACCUUAUCAAAUGAUAAAAAACUUUCAGAAUACGGAAUUUGUGAGAAUUGCAAGAUUCAUGUCAUAACUAAAACUCAGGCAGCUCCUGUUACUGUUGAAGCACCAGUUUAUGCUGUAGAUGACUUUUGGAAAACCCUAGAAAGUAUUUUACUCAAGCAAUAUGCUACACCGGAUGUUCAAAAAAUCAUGAAGCAGUACCAAAAAGACUACGAGCAGCUGUUGACAACAAUGAGUUUAGACGACCUUGAAAGAAUCGCUGCCCGUAAAUUAAAAGUUUGACGAAAAUUUGCAAAGUAAAUCUGUCCGCAUAUAAGAGAUACUUUAGAUCCAGAUCAUCGUUGUUGCAUCAACAUUAAAAUUAAAAAAGGAAAUAUCGAGACUUACCAUGCCAUGUUGGGCACGAUAAAAUUCAUCGUGAACCAAUUCUAGCAACUUAACUUUCGCAAGCCAAAUUUUAUGUUUUUACGUUAGUUUGUGUGUACUUUAAAGAUAAGGUAACUGCAAUAAAUAGCAUGGAACCUGUAAAUUAUUAUCACUCGCUUGUUAUGAAGUCCUAUAUGAAUUAAGUAGUAUAAUAAUUAUGUCUUAUUUUAACAUAUUAAAUAUAGUUUAAAAAUCGACUCUAUUUAUUAAGUUAUUUCUGGGAUCUAGUUUGUGUCGAAGAAAAAAAAUUGCCCUGGGUGCGAAUUUUAAACAUUACCUUUAAAUAGUAAAAUGCUCAGGUGUUGAAGUGUAAAAAUAAUGUUUCAUAUGACUUGUUUUAAAGUAACGAACCAAGUUCGUUACUAGCGUUUUUGGUUUUAGAUUAACGAAAGGGUCUGGAAACAAACUGUAAGAACAUCGCUUAUGUUGUUCCUUUUAACCUAAAAUAUAUUGUUAACGGAUGUGAAAUAAAAGACUGUUUGUUAAAAGUUUUAUAACCCUGUUUUAUCUUUGUUUCGAAUCCGUUUUUAAUUUUGGGAGAAACACCUGAUGUAAAAAAUGUUUUAUAGAAUAAAAAGAACUUUCAGUGGUGUUGGUUGAUUAGU